CGCUGGUUGUCUGAGAAGAAGGUUUUUUUUUUUGGAAGGGAUUGUUGAGGAAAAACACUCUAAUGGGUGAGCGGAAAAGAAUGUGACAAGCGCGGUGAGUGUGUGCGUGUCCAGUGCCGCUCGCGCCGCUGCACCUGUCCCUCUCCGUCUCGCGCGCUCGAACUCGGCAGGCAGGCAGGCUCGCGCGGAAGGCGGGCGUUAUCCAGUCAGCGGCGCGCAACGCGGUCAGCCUGAACAUGACUUCGUCCUACAAUCUGGAUUUUCUACCCGAGAUGAUGGUGGAGGGACGGUUGUUGAGCGCCGGAGAAAGGAUUAACGGUACAGCUGGGAAGAUGAACGGCGCCCUGGAACACUCGGACCAGCCCGAUCCGGACGCCAUUAAGAUGUUCGUGGGUCAGAUCCCUCGCUCCUGGUCCGAGAAAGAGCUAAAGGAGCUGUUUGAGCCGUACGGAGCCGUCUACCAGAUCAACAUACUGCGAGAUCGUAGUCAGAACCCACCACAGAGCAAAGGGUGCUGUUUUGUCACAUUCUACACACGGAAAGCUGCCCUGGAGGCCCAGAAUGCACUGCACAACAUAAAGACCUUAACUGGGAUGCACCAUCCCAUACAGAUGAAGCCCGCAGACAGUGAGAAAUCAAACGCGGUGGAGGACAGAAAGCUGUUCAUCGGCAUGGUGUCGAAGAAAUGCAACGAGAACGACAUCCGGGUCAUGUUCUCUCCUUUCGGACAGAUCGAGGAGUGUCGCAUUUUGCGGGGACCAGACGGACUCAGCCGAGGAUGUGCGUUUGUCACGUUUUCUACCAGGGCUAUGGCACAGAAUGCAAUCAAAGCCAUGCAUCAGUCUCAAACCAUGGAGGGCUGCUCCUCCCCCAUGGUGGUGAAGUUUGCCGACACGCAGAAGGAUAAGGAACAGCGGCGGCUGCAGCAGCAGUUGGCGCAGCAGAUGCAGCAGUUGAACAGCGCGUCUGCCUGGGGCAGCCUGACCGGCCUGACCGGCCUCACCCCGCAGUAUCUGGCAGUAAGAGGACACACCCACGCAGCCACGCCCACCAGCAGCACAGCCAGCGCAGCCGCCGCAUUGCUCCAACAAGCGACCUCCUCCAGUAACCUAGGAGCUUUCAGUGGUAUUCAGCAAAUGGCAGGUAUGAAUGCUCUGCAGUUGCAGAAUCUGGCCACUCUAGCAGCAGCAGCGGCUGCAGCACAGAGCUCGGCCAGCCCGUCCACCGCUAGCGCCCUGACCUCCAGCACAGGGUCCCUGGGAGCCCUGGCCAGCCCAGCAGGUUCCACAGCUAACUCCACCGCGGGUGCGAUGGGUUCCCUGGGUUCUCUGGGAACACUGCAGGGUCUGGCCGGGGCCACCGUGGGCCUCAAUAACAUAAAUGCACUAGCAGGUAGCGUCAACAUUGCUCACAUGCUCUCAGGUAUGGCAGCUCUGAACGGCGGGCUGGGCAGCACGGGCCUGAGUAACGGGUCGGCUGGGCCCAUGGACGCUCUCACACAGGCCUACUCAGGGAUCCAACAGUACGCGGCUGCCGCCCUGCCCACCCUCUACAGCCAGUCCCUACUGCAGCAACAGAGCGCUGCGGGCAGCCAGAAAGAGGGACCCGAAGGAGCCAACCUGUUCAUCUACCACCUGCCGCAGGAAUUUGGGGACCAGGACAUCCUGCAGAUGUUCAUGCCUUUCGGAAAUGUGGUGUCUGCCAAAGUCUUUAUCGACAAACAGACCAAUCUGAGCAAGUGCUUCGGUUUCGUCAGUUACGACAAUCCUGUGUCAGCGCAGGCCGCCAUUCAGGCGAUGAACGGGUUUCAAAUCGGCAUGAAGCGUCUCAAAGUCCAGCUCAAGCGCUCGAAGAACGACAGCAAACCGUACUGAUCUUAGCACUAGGGCCUCUCUCAUGUUACACUGCUAGGAACUCAUCUCCAUGACUCUAUGCUCAUCGUUUGCCUAGCAUGUCUACGUGGCGUACACACACACACAAAAAAAAAAAAACCCCGUCUCAUCGUCCCGUCAUUGUUUCUGAUGUCUUUCUGAGUUCUCCUGCUCAUAAUCUGGUCUCCUUUUACUGAUCUCUGUACUUUUGAUCUCAGCCUGAUCUUUUGGGAAGUUUUUGCAUGUGACCUCAUUUUGAGCUUUUUUUUGGUGUUUUUUUUUUUUUUUUAUUGCUUUCGUUUGGUUUUGUUUGUUUGUUUGGUUUUCAUUCGGUUAGAUUAACUGGUGAGGAAGGGAGGGAGCGAGGGAGGGAAAGACAAAAAAAAAAAAACUAUAAUAAUAAUAAUGUGAAAACGCUGCAUUCGCGCUCUAGAGACAGAGUAUAUUUACUAACAUAACCAGAGCAUCGUUUUAAGAAAAACAAAGAUAAAAAAUUAAAAAAAAAAAUCCUGUGGCAAAACAAUUACAAAUAUUUGCGUUUGACUUUUUUUUUUUUUUUUUUUUUUUUUUUUUUUUUUGUCAGAUCGUUUUUGUUUCUCUCUCUCUCUCUCUCUCUCUCUCUCUCUCUCUCUCUCUCUUUACGUUGUGUUUUUUUUUUGUUUUUCAUUCAUUUAAAGUAAACUUGAACGUUCAAUACAGGGAUUGGCGUCGGGGCUUACUGUCGGCAACACUCUUAAUUCGAGGCCCGCCGUAAGAAACCCACGCCGGUUUCUAAACGAAUAGACUACUUCCACGCCGUUUUAAUAAAAAAAAUGGAAAAAAAAAAAGCUGUCUGAUCGAUAUUAGAAUCUCUCAGAGCUUGCUCGUGGUUUUUACAUUUUUCAGGCAGUGUAAAGUUUUUUGAUAAGGCCAUUUUAAGUGGCUUGAUUUCUCAUUAAAGUCUAUAUAAAACCACUUUUUUCUAGAGUAGUAAAGGUAUUAAAAAAAAAAACACACACACACAAGAUUGCCCUGUUUGGGGGGAAAUGCUACCUACGUGUCACACCUUUUGCUGAACUGACUUACAGUUAGACAAUCCGUGGUUUAAAUGCACAUGAAAUGACCUAUAUUUUAUACUGUUUAAAUGUAUAGAGGAAAAAAAAAAAAAACAGAGUUUGUGUAACCCGCGGUCCCGUCGGUGCUUUUCGUGGAUAAAGUCGUGGUUUCAUCAAGUCUAACAGUCUUAUUUGUCUCAUGUUUUUAAAGAGAAGACUAAAAAUCAAUUUACUUGAACAAUAGACAAAGCCUUUCAUAAGUACUAUUACUACUACUUUUUUCGUUUGCGUUUGUUCGUUCGUUUUUUUUUUUCCCUCCUUGUUUUUUCGUUCUUUAUUUGAUUUUCAUUUGAUUUCCUUUUUUUUCCUUUCGAUAGGAGUCCCUCUUUGCUAAAUUUCUUGUUGGGUAAUUAGCUAUAUAAAAAUUCUUAAAAGUUACAGUGUCGGCAUGUGAAGCAUCUGUGUCAUUCUAUUAUUUCAUUUCUAUUGUGGGAAACAAUAUUUAGAUGUGUUAUGUUGUUCAGCAAAAUGUGAUUUUUUUUUUUUUCUUAUAAAGAAAAAAAAACAAGAUGAGUGGAAUUUAGUGCCAAAUUCUGACGGUACAUCCUGCCUACAGCUUCAGUGUUUUACUUGUGAAAUUAUUUGAUAACAUGGGUAUUUUAUUACGUAAGUGUUUUGUAUGGAACCCUCAUAUUUAAAGAUAUAGAUUUAAAAAAGGUUGUUAACUUGCUCUUCUGUGGUCUUGUUGCCUGAAACUGUUCAUGUUUUUGCUUUUCUUUCUUUUUUUUCUUUAUUUGUAAAGAUGUAAAAAGUGCCCAUGUGUCAUUAUCGCUCUCACAAGCGCACACACACACACACACACACACACACAUACAUUCACAGGUAAGCACACACACACACACACACACACACACACACGCACGCAUACACACACCUGUGCUAAAGGUUGACCUCACAACCCUCUUUUCUUUGACGGUGUGUGUAUGUGAGCCCCUGAGAUUGAGUCUCAGCUGUUCUCCUUAUACACACACACACACACACACACGCACACACACUCAAUACACCACAGUAGGCCCAAAUUUGACAGGACAAAUUUAUCUGAUGCAUCAUGUCUGUCGGCGAACAAUUGUAUGUGUGAUGGGACAAAAUAUCGACGUAUUUAUGUGAAUCAGGCGUUGAACUUUUGACCAUCGUAACAUAACACAGGGCCGUCGCGACAGCCGCAUAAUCAUCACGCGACAGCCGCGUUUCCUCUUCGUUAAACUCGAAAACGUCUCAGUGUAGUCUCGCUUCCUGCUGCCUUUAUCAGGACUAUUUUACGUUCGCAGGACAACCAAAACUCCUGUCCUGAUGCCAAAGUAGUUCAGCGCGAUCCGCGAUGUCCGACAACGCCUGUAGCACUUUGCUGUAAACGUUUACACAUCGUUCGAACGGCCCGUCAAAAUAUUGUUUACAAACGUAGUUUACAGGCAGCCCCCUCGAAACCAGUUUACUUCACUCUAUAGCACUAUUUUAUACCCAAGCUCUGCCGUUGCCUUAACACGUCGAUCAGUAUUAAUGGGCUGGAACACAUCGCUGCACAUUUUAAAUGUGUGCCAAGGUUGUGUGUGUGUGUGUGUGUGUGUGUGUGUGUGUGUGUGUGCGUGUUCUGUGUGACUGCAUACAGAUGUGCCAUGAAGCGGUCGUCCGUUGUCUGUUCGUCCACGUCGUUUCUAAACGUUAGCCGCCACUAGAUCUGCCAAACUUCGCGCCAGUCGAAAAACAAAAGGGACUCGAUCGUGAAGCUAGAACAAAAUUUGCCUAAAUCAUUCGUAGUCGUUUUUUAUUUAAACUCUCGUACAAACUUGCGCGAAUUAUGAGCAACCGUUUCAAGUAGGUUUCCGUGCGAGAUUUUGGCGCAACCUUUUGGCGCAACCUAUGCGCGCGCAAAAAUAAUUUGCGUACAUUGUUCGUAAAUAAAAAAAACUAAACAAACUAAACUGUUAACCGACCAACUGCUUUUGUCGCGCGAGAGGAAAUUUCGCACGAAUGGUUUACACGGAGACGCGUUCUGCUCGUCUUUCGUGAGAGAGGCCCGAAAAAAAUGCAAACGCUUUCCUUUAAUUUACCCAACAAUAACGAUUCCGUUCCGUAUUGGGAAGUUGGAGUCGGUCGGUUCGCGAUGCUCUCUUUGCCAAAUCGUAUAACCACUAGCACAAACGCAAAAGCACAUGCGCACUAGCGAAGUAUUAAAAUUGACGACUCUCGAUGCUCACCCAGCUGACUUAAAACUUAAAAGAGUAGCCGAUCGUUUUAUUCGCAAGAGCGAUCGUACUCGAAUCACGCUACAUUUUUCUCGGAACGCAUCUUCGCUUGACCUCAGUCGACGAGUUCGACUCAACGCAACAUCGUAACGACGUUUUUUUUUUUUUACCUCAGCACAGCGCCGCAUCGGGGCUUCUGAAACACCGACAGCCGUUCGUUUUCGGCGUCCGACGCACUCCGUCACAAUCAACUUCAGACAAAACAGGGUAAGCUUUCCGCGGCCGGCGCAGUUUCGCACACGCGACAUUUGUCAGACGUUCAAGCAAAGCACAAACUCACGAAGGAGUUCUCGCUGAGACUCUCCACUCAGGGGUUUUCCCGCACCACACGCACCCGACAACCCGUUCGUUGUUUCUUUCGUUUUCUUUCUUUCUCUUAAGUGCUAUUUAACAAGUGUAUUUUAAAGAAAAAAACGAUGUGUAGUUUCUUUGCAUUUUGGCUUAUGUCAAGUUUUUUGGAAAUGUAUGUGUUUAUCUAACGUGCCGUAACAAAAGCUUGUCGUCUGUAGAUUAAUAUCAUUUCGUUUGAUUCUAAAAAGAUUUAAAUAGUUUUAAGUAUUGUCUUGAGAAAAGCCAAAGUCAAUGCAUUUCAGUGGAUUAUGUAAGCGUGAUACAUGUUUGUUUGACAACACUUUGAAAAUCUGUCAUUGGAUGGGAAUUUAAAAAGUACAAAAAAAGCAGGCUUUCCUAUUUCUAUCACUGAUUGUACUUAUGCCUUUUGUACCAGUGGAACUUUUUAUACUGGCAAUUAAAGGAAAAAAAAAGAAAAAAAAAAAAACUACCCGACAGGCUGCGCGGCCCCAGCCAGGGGCCCCGCAGCGACUGGUUCCCGAGUUUGAUUUCUAGUUGGCGUCCAGAACGUUAGGUUUUGAUAUAAAGAUUUUCUAGAAGAACUUUGGCUUGGUAUCUUUAGCCUCCUCUUCUUUAUUCUUCACAUCGGUAUUUGCUUUCCUUUUUUUUUUUUUUUUUUUUUUUUUUUUUUUUCUUUUUGUUUUCCCCGUUCGUUUCCUUUCUCGGAAAGAGGGUCGAGGAGUUUUCCUUUUGGCUUAUAAAUACGUAAAUGCCGUUUGUCUUUACAAAGAGUCUUUACAGCAGCGGUAAGUUUCAUUUAGUUAAGUAUUGUGCAGUCACCAUGAUAAAGACGAUUAGACGAUUUAGAAGUAUUUAGUCACCUUCAGUGGAUAAAUGUAUUAGUUUGACAAACAAGAUAAAAGUAAUUUGAGGACUUUGCUUUUAGCUGUUUAGAUUUUUCUGGUUUCUCUGUCUUUGCUGUUAACCUAACUGUGUAGCUGGAACAGUCAGACUUAUUUUUGUAAAUGUAUGUUCUUGUGUGAUGCAGUUUUUUGCCUCUGUCUCCGAUAUUAAACCAUUUUUCCUAAUA